AUGUUGUCCAUUCGAUCCAUUACCCGAUCUCUCCCCAUUGGCAGCCGAAUCUGCCAGCAGAGUGCCAUGAAGGCCUCUACUGUGCGACCUCUCGCCUUGAGAGCUUACUCCACCCGACCCCCUGUCACUCACUUCUCCGAGGAGGAGGAGAUGUUUCGUGACAUGGUUAGCAAGUUUGCUGAUGAGGUGAUUGCUCCCAAGGUCCGUGAGAUGGACGAGGCCGAGCAGAUGGACAAGACAAUCAUCCAGGACAUGUUCGACAAUGGCCUUAUGGGCAUCGAGACUCCCGAGGAGUUCGGUGGUGCAGGUGCCAACUUCACCUCUGCUAUCAUCGUCGUUGAGGAGCUUGCCAAGGUGGACCCCUCAGUGUCUGUGAUGAACGAUGUCCACAAUACCCUCGUCAACACCUGCAUCCGAUCCUGGGGAUCCGACGCACUCCGAAACAAGUAUCUCCCCCAGCUUGCUGCCCAGAAGGUCGGAUCUUUCGCUCUUUCUGAGCCCUCUUCCGGAUCUGAUGCCUUCGCCAUGAAGUCUCGAGCCACAAAGACUGACGAUGGAUACAUUUUGAACGGUUCCAAGAUGUGGAUCACCAACGCUGCCGAGGCUGAGCUUUUCAUUGUUUUUGCUAAUCUCGAUCCCAGCAAGGGCUACAAGGGUAUUACUGCCUUUGUUGUCGAGAAGGACAUGGGAGUGCAGAUUGCUAAGAAGGAGCAGAAGCUGGGUAUCCGAGCCUCUUCUACCUGCGUUCUCAACUUCGAGGACGUUUUCAUUCCUAAGGAGAACCUUCUUGGCGAGGAGGGCAAGGGCUACAAGAUUGCUAUCGAGUGCUUGAACGAGGGCCGAAUCGGAAUUGCGGCCCAGAUGCUUGGCCUUGCUGGUGGAGCUUUCAAGAAGGCUACCGGCUAUGCUUUCAACGACAGAAAGCAGUUCGGCCAGUACAUCGGUGAGUUCCAGGGUAUGCAGCACCAGAUUGGCCAGGCCGCUACUGAGAUCGAGGCUGCUCGACUCCUGGUCUACAACGCUGCCCGACUCAAGGAGGCUGGCGUUCCUUUCACAAAGGAGGCUGCUAUGGCAAAGCUCUAUGCUUCCCAGGUUGCAGGAAACGUCGCAUCCAAGGCUGUCGAAUGGAUGGGUGGUGUCGGAUUCACUCGAGAGGAGACUCUGGAGAAGUUCUUCCGAGAUUCUAAGAUCGGUGCCAUUUACGAGGGAACUUCCAACAUCCAGCUGCAGACUAUUGCCAAGAUCAUCCAGAAGGAGUCUGCCUAA